CCAUGUUGACGCGUAGGACUAUAGCCACGCCCAUAACAAAAAUGGAGGAAGAUGAAGUACCUCCUCUAGAGGACAUGACAGAAUAUUUGCAGACAUUAAAGAAAGAGAAACAAGAUGUACGCAGUGUGGAAAAGCCAAAGACUUCUAAAACAGACUCAUCAUUGCUGGGUUUAGAAAAUAGGGACUCAGCCUUUUCUGUGACAUCAAAAAAACUAUUGAUAGUAAAUCAAGAUCCAGAAAUUACUAACGUUGGGUUUGGUGAGGUAUCAAACGGGUCUGGGAUACACGAGAUUGACUCUUGUUCUAAAAGUACCGAGCCCAAGGCUGGUACGACAAGCUUUGGUGGGAUGAAAAAAGGAUUCUUAUUUGGUGGACCUUCAGCUAGUAAAAAAAAACCAAGUGCAGACCGGAUUCAUAAAAAGAAAGCACCAGAGUCCUUGGGGAAGAAGGUUCCAGAGGAGAAAGAGAUUCCAUUGAUCAAACCCGUCCAGAACUCGCGGGACGAUCCAUCAAAACUUAAAUUUGAAGAAGUCCAGGAAGAAAUGAAGAAAGCCUAUCCGUUGCUUACAACAAAAGAUUGGGUGACUGAUGACUUGCUGGAGAAAGUAAGUAAAAACCGGGUACUUUCCAAAGCAUUCAAUGAUCCAGCACUGACUAAAGUACUGGACGACUUUCAUAAAGACCCCCAGGGGGCUUUUGCCACUGCACAGUCAAAACCAGAGGUCAUGGAGUUCUUGAAAGAGUUCUGCAAUUUGAUGGGCGACCAUUUUAUGUCGUUAGGUGACAAAGGAGAGCAAGAGGAAGAGCUUAUCACUGAACAUUUAUCUGAAGAGGAUCAGAGAAUGAAAGAUGCUCUUAGAAGGCCUGAAGUUCAAAAGGUACUGGCUGAUCCAAAGAUUCAACAUUUGAUAGAGCUGCUCAAGGACAGAGUAGAAGAAGCACAGAAGUACUUGGAAACUCAGACUGAUGGAGAGUUCCAGUCAAAGGUUCGACUGCUCAUUGAUAAUGGAGUCUUGAAUGUACAAAGGAGAUGAGGAUGCAAGAAUUCAUUAAACUAAAAGUAACAAUUUCAUCACUUAAUGUCUACACAGUAAUUAUUAUUUUAAUUAAUUAUUAUUAAAGAUAAGCAAAAAAUAUUAAAGACAAUUAACAAUAUUAACGACACAAGUGUUAGACUUACAAUUAAAAUAAAGUUAUAGCAAAUGGGUAAGGCUAGAGAAA